GGCCAAAACCCUAGUGGCAAGGGUGUGCACCAUCAUAAAAUUUAACGGUGGCAUUUUCGUCAUUUCGGUCGGCAACAAAGAGCGGCCAAAACCCUAGUGGCAAGGGUGUGCGCCAUCUUUAGGGUUUCUUUCUUCGUUCCCGCCCAGCGGCGCGAGUCCGUCUUCGUUCUGUGCCGACUCCCGUUCACCUCUCUUUCCAUGGCUUCGGAGAAGAAAAUGUCGAACCCGAUGAGGGAGAUCAAGGUGCAGAAGCUCGUCCUCAACAUCUCCGUCGGUGAGAGCGGUGAUCGUCUCACCAGAGCCGCUAAGGUUUUAGAGCAAUUGAGUGGGCAAACCCCAGUUUUCUCAAAGGCAAGAUACACUGUCCGGUCCUUUGGAAUCAGGCGUAAUGAAAAGAUUGCAUGCUAUGUUACUGUCAGAGGUGAAAAGGCAAUGCAGCUUUUGGAGAGUGGUUUAAAAGUGAAGGAAUAUGAAUUACUAAGAAGAAACUUUAGUGAUACUGGGUGUUUCGGUUUUGGCAUCCAAGAGCAUAUUGAUCUGGGUAUUAAGUAUGAUCCCUCAACAGGUAUUUAUGGCAUGGAUUUUUAUGUUGUUCUGGAAAGGCCUGGUUAUCGUGUUGGACGUCGCCGUCGGUGCAAGUCUCGUGUUGGAAUACAGCACAGGGUCACCAAGGAGGAUGCCAUGAAGUGGUUCCAGGUCAAAUAUGAGGGUGUUAUCCUCAACAAGGCCCAGGCAACCACUGGUUAAGCUUUUCAUGUCAAAGUAUCAAAGCCUUCAACCUUUUUUUCUCUAGUUUAAUUGAAGCUUCAUCUGUUAUCCAUCAGAGUAACUGGUUCAUGGAAGAAUUUUGCUUCAAUUUUGUCAUUGUUCCUGAGAAGUUAUAUCUGAAAGUACUUGAUUUUAUAUUGUUUCUUUCA